CCCUGUGUUUGGUGAGUGUGGCCAGAGCCUCCCUCCCAUUGUUCCCCCCUCCUUCGGUUUUUAUAUAGACAGCUCCCGGAGUGGUGUGUUUCCUUCGGCUGGUUCGGGUUUUCCCUGCUGGAAGAGACAAGACAGACGCGCACACACACACACAGAGAGGUUCGCGCGCGCAUCCAACACGACGACACUGGCCUGGCCUGUGUGAGCAGUGUGUUGCAAGCGAAACCUCCCGGAAUCAGCCUGGAAGGCAGCAGCAGCAGAACCAAACACGCCACGGGCCACAGCAGAGGCCGUUGCGCCCCAGAGGGUAUAGUGUGCACCAGUGAAUUGAUUUCUGCGUCGUCCAGUGCGCGAUCCAUGCCACCGUGGCCUUCCCAUCCGUGCAGCAGGAGCUCGUUUGUCAGUGGAUUGGUCAGUGGGAAGAAGAAAAUCUCAGUGCUCAGGUUGGAAAAUUCUGUAACAGCGUGCGGUUUGCUCCCAGCAGUGAGGAAAGUUGCAGAGUGUGUCCUAGAAAAAACGUGUCACACUUAUAUGUCGCAAGCCACUCGCAGUGAGUGGGUGGGCCUAUGUCCCUGUGUGUGUGUGUGUGUGUGUGUGUGUGUGUGUGUGUGUACAUAAUUAUGUGGAUGGGUGGAUAGGCAGGCAAUCAGAUAAAGCUAUUACACUGAAGAGAAAAUAGUGAAAAAGUGAAAGAAAACAGGAAUUUAAAAAAAACAAAGUUGGUAAAAGCAGCAUAAAAAAGUGAAAAAGUGAAAAACGGCAAUAAAAAAACCCAAAAGGAAAGCAAAAGAGUUGCAAAAAGUGAGAAAAAAGUGAAGAAGUAAAAAAUGGUAACCAGAAUGCGAUAACUAUUCAUCCCCUCCGCGGUUCACCCCGUUUGGGUGGUUUGGGAAACGAACGCACAAAAGCGAGCAACAAAGUUGCACAACAAGACCAAUACAAAACAGUUGCAAAAAAAAACAGACACAUUCACACUUACACACAGACUUCACAAACAGAUAGAACCAAAAAAAAAACGCCAUGGGUUGUGAGCUAACGAAGCUGGCCAGCAGUAGCAACGGGGGCAACUCCAAGUCGAACAAUCUCCCGAGCCUGGACGCUUGCGGGCCCCCGCCAGUGGACAGCCGGUUGCCGCUCACCGCCAAGCAGAAGUACACGAUGGUGGCCUCGUGGAAGGGCAUCAGCCGAGCGAUGGAGACGACCGGGAUCACCAUGUUCAUCAAAUUGUUCGAGGAGCAUGCGGACCUGUUGAACAUGUUCGCCAAAUUCAAGGAGCUGAAGACGAAGGAGGAGCAGGCCACGUCCGAGGAGCUGCAGGAGCACGCGAACAAGGUGAUGAACACGCUGGACGAGGGCAUCCGGGGGCUGGACGAUUUGGAUACGUUCUUCGAGUUCAUCCACCAGGUCGGUGCGUCCCACCGGCGCAUACCCGGCUUCAAGCAGGAGUAUUUUUGGCGCAUCGAGGAACCGUUCCUGUCCGCCGUCUCGACCACGCUGGGCGAUCGGUACACGCAGAACGUGGAGGGAAUCUACAAGCUCACCAUCAAGUUCAUCAUCGAAACGCUGGUAGCGGGCUACGAAGCAAGUGCCAACAACAAUGUCGACAACACCACCUCCAGCAGUACGCCCGCCACCAAGCUGAGCGACGAACCGAACCGAGCGUCCUGAGCGCCCACCUAGACGCAGGGGCACCUCCUAGAUGGCUAAGGGCUAUAGUCACCACACACACACACAUACACACACACACACCAACCCACACAACAGUGUCGCCUAGUUAUACGUGGGCGAGAUGAUGAUGAUGGGACACAUCAGCGGAGUCCUCCAUUAAAGCUUCUCCAUUGCGCAUCCCUGCCUGCCAAUGUGCAGGUCCUUGGUAGGGGACCUGGACCCGACUCCCGGCACAGCAGCCACUCCAAAAUCCUCUUCUGCUGACCAGCGUGCGCGCACGUGUGUGUGUGUGUGUGGUAUAUGCAUACAUAUACAUUAUCGAAAUCGUCGUCGUCGUUGUCGUCGUUAGACAAAAAGAGCGCCAUUUGUAGAGUUAGCGUGUGGUGGGUAGAACUAAUCCCGCCGGAUAGCCACGGCAACCUGUUAGAAAGAAGCAGAAAGGAGCUAAAAUGUCCCUGGGACAGCUGAACAGCAGUAUUAAGCAGGGGCGAGAGGCAAAAUAUCAUUUUAUAGUGAGAACAUUACCAAAUCGGAGGUCGGAGGCUGUCUCCAGCUCCCUCUCCUCAAGCGGGAAACCUAUUAUCCCACAACCGCUCCCCGUUCUUCUGGAGGCCGGGCAGGUGAGUUUAAGGUAUUUACAUCCAAAGAGUGACCGGCGAGCAGAUGGGGCGAUGGUGCGCAGGAGAUUGGGAGCCUAAUAACGGUGUUUUGUUGGGGAGGUUCCGACGAAGCCGUUCAGAAAUUUCGAUAAAAUAUUCAAACACGAUAAACUAGCCGAGACUAAUUGCAAGCUGAACUCGACUACCAUCGAGCUCAGCGUGUGAUGAUGCGACGAGUGGAACACGUCAUGCGGGCGAACUCCUAAGAAUUGAUCGUACGACCAGGCAGCCUUAAAGUGAAAACACAAAAUGGAAGGAGAAAAGAAUGUCUCAUAAUAAUGUAUUAUGAUUAAAGUAAUAAUAGUGCAACCUAGUGGUAGAGAUGCAGUGUAGUAAACGAGAGCAAAGGAAGUAAAUCCCAACCGAAGAGAUGCAUUAGUAGAUGCGUUUGCCAUAGCCCCCAUUCGAUCGAGAACGGAGAACUCAUUGUUGACAUUGGCGGGAAGAAACUGCUCGAAAGACGACGAACAGUUGCAUGGAGAAGCUUGUAAGAAGGUAAUUUUGUCAUGCGAAUGGUAUACCUUUAGGCGUAUUGACGGUGCAGUACAAUUCGUGGCACAGAAUUACCAAGCAAACACGAACCCAUCACCUGUUCAGCAUCUUUUCCGACUCCAGUUUUACCCUGAUCAGGCAGGCAGAGUAAAUCCACCAAGCUUUUAGGCUUUUUUCCCCGGAGGCCGGAUUCGAGACUAGAGUGAUAGUGGAUUUGCUUCCAAAGAAGUCGUGCAUUCCGUAAAGCUCGAAAAGUGAUUUGAAGUGAGUUGGCUGCUUUUAGUUUAGAUUUACCCUGUGUUGGAUUGGAGGGAAGGAGGCGCAAGCAAAGGAGGCCAUUACCAUUACAUAAUCAGAAAUACUAAGUGAUCCUUGUCUGCUUAAGUAGCUUUAUGAUCGGUUUUAUUCGGCCGGUGUCGGUGAUGUUGAGCGCAACAGCGCGACAGAAAAGAGUCAAGUCAAAAGUACUUGGCAAUUUGUUUUCCUCCCCCGAAUGUAUUGGCAGCUUGGGAAGUGGAAGAGCAAACGUUUCGGUUUCAUUGCAAUUGGUCAAAGCGAAACACACGUAAAAGGUAUUCAUCUUGUUUGUUCACAACUGUUCGAAAUUGUUAUGCAAAAAGGAAAACACAAGACAAGAAAAUACAUACCCAAUCGCACACAUGCACACGCACAAAAACACACAAACACACAUCGGAGAAACAAGUUACGAGUGAGUGUAGUUGAUCCUUUUAUAUUCGCGUAGUGCAAAUUGUCCAGUUUCCGAGCGCUUCAAACCCCAAAACACGACGGUCUCGUAGUUGCAAAAAGCGACAGUUAAACGUACUAGUAACAGUAAGUGUUGAAUGGGGAGGAUGGUAGGAAUUAGAAGCAAAAAAAGGGAAGCCCUCCCCGCACUAGAUCCGUGCUAACCCUUAAAAACUGUUUCAUGAUCAUGGCGGAAGGUCUUGCCGGAGAAAGGGAGUAAGCCAGUUGUUAGCCGAUGCUUCGGGUACCUUUCUCACACAAACCGCCUAACGGUAUGCAACCCGUAUGACAAAGUGAUCUUCCCGCCGCAUUUGGAGGGCAAUUUGGAUGCUCCCCUUUCAUAGAUCAGGCCUUCCCGGUUCCAUCAAUCAUCAUGCAUGUUGUGAAGGGGCAGGCAUACUAAGUAGUUAAAUCGAUCAUCAAAACAAAACGAUACCCUGCAGAAAAAAGAAAGAUCGGAACAGCGUGAAAGAAGACAUUGAUCUUAGCGCCCUCGUGUCGUGUCAGCUUUAGUGUAGGGGACGUGAGUGAUCGCGUCACUGCAUCAGAACAAACGGUAGGGUUAUUCGUUACCCGUAGUGCAAACAAAUACAUGAAUCUUUGUAGUGUUCGAUCCAGCGGCGCUAAACACGGUGUUAGAGCAAUUUUGCGAUCAGAAGCAGCUGUAGAAGAAGAAGAAGAAGAAGAAGAAGAAAACUCGUGCGUAGAAAAGUAGCGAAAGAAUCAUACUAAAGAAAUAUUGUUCCAGAUGGUUCGGAGAAAAGGAAAAAAAGAAGGAGUAGUACAGUGCGGCGUACAGUGACGAAUCAAAAGCAAAAAAGAAAAAUUAUACAUAGCAAACAGGUAGAAACAGUACUGUAAACUGUAGUGAGACAACCAUUGUGAAGCUGAGGGAUGAAUGUUGAACCAUUUUUAUACACACAAAAACACCCCCCACAGUGGCAGCAAAUUCACAACAAGAACAAGCACAAGAAGAAGAGCUCAUCAACGGUACACGGGGGUUUGUUUGGGCGCUCCAUGUUGGGCGAGAUGGUAAGAUUAAGCGAUCAAUUGAUCAAUCUCAAUCUCUUCCCGAUCGUUCCGUUGAUCGAUGGGCGCGCUCCCGUUUGAGUGUUUUUGGGGUGGUAUGAUUGUACAAUAAGCAAAACAAAACAAAAAAAAGGGGGAGGCGAUGGACAAAAAAAUGCAACGGCAGACAACCGAUGAGGCAAACAUUAAAUGAAAACCGUUUUCCAUUUUUAUAGCGAGACGAGCUUCGAGACGAGUAACACAAAUUGGCAAUAAUAAUUAAAAGGAAAAGAAAAGAAAAUCAUCACUUUUUUGUUGAAUUUUCCUUUAGGAAAAUGGCGAGUCGUCGUACGCGCGUGUUUGGAAAUGUUUAGAGAAGCGAUAGCCGCGUGGCAGCAUAAAAAAAAGAGGAAAAUAUUCAUCUAAAAAGAAAACACACAAAGAGAGACAGAGAGAGAGAGCGAUAGGGGAGAUACACAGUAAAACAAAAGUAGCACAACUAGUGAUGCCCGUUUUAGUGAUAUGAGUUAAAGCUGUGUGGGUUUAUUCGUUUUGUUAGUGUAUUACCUCUCGAUACAGAAUCACAAUCAAUCAGCAAGCAGCACAAAACCAAAAGUGGAAACCAAACUGCGCCGAACAAAACGUAGCAGCAGCAACAAGGCAGACAAAUCACACAAACAAAACCUACACCGAAACCGAACACUGCAGCGAUCAAGGCGGCGACCAAUUUUGCGCCAAAAGUUUGCGAACGAUCAGGAACACACGGAACAAAAUCCCGCAAAUGGACACAACAAACAUCAAGGCUGACGUUCACUUUCCUUGCCAUUUUUUGUGAAGGAAGUGAUCAUCUUCAAAUCGAACCUCAACUACUAUUUUCGAUUUUCGAUUUUACUUUCUACCAGGCGUCCCCAUAUGCCCUGAUUGUAAAGCAACAAUGGAGCACAUCCAACUCUACACAAAAACACUCUACCGUUAAGACAAAUCUCGCACCCCUCCCCCGUUUUGGUAGUUGGACACCGUAUUUCCGUUGGGAUUUUUUUACCAAAAACGCUUCAAAUCAAACCCAAACAUAUAAUAAGGUCAAUUAGAUGGUAUAACUAUAGCCCGAUGAGCAUGAUCGUACACAGGGGCGAUCGAUGAUCGUUCCGGGAUUGCCUGGACCUUCGAGGGCCCACUAAUCUCCCGCUAUUCUCCUCUUUCCCCACUAGUAGUACUACGAUCCUCUUACGAUCCACACCAACCAAGAAACAAAAAGUAAUGGCACAACCCAGCAGAUAUACACACUCUUUGCGUAUUUAACUCUCCAGCAAAACUAGAGGCUACACACACGUACAAAAGAAAGAGAAAGAGAGAGAGAAACAAAAUCAAGGGUUACGCCGGCUGACGUGCGGAAGUCGCGGGGGGGGAGUGAUCAGACAGUGGACAGUAAACCCUCGGACCACCAACAUACAGUAUUCCAUGGUUUCCGGAAGUGGCGAACAAACAAACAAACAAACAAAAUGCGCAUAAUCCGAUUGCAUUACCAGAAACAAAGAAAACGAAGGAAAGACAGAGCAGCAACCACGCAAAAGAACAGGUUUUGGGUCGCCGAGAACAAAUAUUGACACUUGACGCAUGAAAUAUUGUACCGAUUAAAGCAAAACAAAACAGAAGAAGAGAAAAAAAACAUGAAAACAAAACGGAAAAGAAGAAAAAAAUGAUAUUGUAUUGUACAAGAGUAUAGUAAUAAAAAUAUUUCGUAAAUGUGCUUUAAACCA